AAAUAUUUCGGUCACGUGGUUUCACCGUUGGGGUCAGAGUUCGUGUUGACAUCCACAGUGGACUGACUCGCGGUUGUCAAAUGGCUGAAAUAGACAUUGGGAAGCAUUGUCAGAUCGAUUCCUGCAACCAAAAGGAUUUUCUUCCAUUUAUUUGUGAUCUCUGCAGCGGUGUUUUCUGCCUUGAUCACAGAAGCAGAGAGGCUCAUUCAUGUUCAGAGGAGCCAGUGAAAAGGGAACCUGUGACAACAGGUGGCAAUACAAGUUAUCCAUGCUCAUUUCAAGACUGCAAGGGAAAAGAAUUGUUGCCAGUAAUAUGUCCGCACUGCGAAAAACAUUUCUGUUUGGCUCAUCGUCAUCAAGAUGAUCACAAGUGUGAGAAAUUGGAGGUCCAAAAGCCUCGAAUGGCAGCCACAAAAGAGCUGGUUCAGAAGAUUGUUGAGUCAAAGGACAAGUCUAAAAGUAAAGGACGCAGAGGUGCAAAGAACAGUGCAACUGCAGCAAAGGUAGCAUUGAUGAAGCUCAAGCUGCAUGCUGCAGGAGACAAAGGGCUGCCACAGACAGAAAGAACCUACUUUCAGGUUUAUCUUCCCAAAGAAUCCAAAGACUCCAGUCAGCCCAUGUUCUUCUGUUCCAAGUGGAGCGUGGGGAAAGUGGUGGAUUAUGCAGCCUCUCUAGUGAGCCUCAAGAACAACAAUAAUGUACUGACAGCUAAGAAGCUGCGGUUAUGUCAUCCUCAGACAGGUGAGGCUUUCCGGAUGGACGACACUCUGCUCUCGCUGCUGGCUCACACAGACACUCCCCUGUACAACGGAGGUGAUGUGAUCCUGGAGUACCUGGACAAUGAGAGCACAGGCCUGGAGGAUGUUUCAGACUAUAUCACACAGAGCUGACAAACCAUCACCAGCUACUGUAUGGAUGAUUCCUGUAUUUGUAUUUCCAUCAAUAAAAUUAUCUAUUGAAAUGUUUA